CAGUAGUGCAGCGUCAGUCACAGGUCUCAGGUUUUCCGGGCGUCAGCAUCAUCUCAUCACACACUCCUGCAGCCGUUAAACACUCAGGUCUAAUAACACACAUCUCCACGUCUCCCAGCGGAUCUCCAGCAGAGGUUCAGUGAUCAGAGACUGAUCUCGUAAUGAAGUGAAUCAAACACAGUCUGAUCACAAGCAGCUGCUGGCUGAACUCAUCCUCUGUAACUGAGCUCACAUGACAGACAGAAUCACACAGGAAACCAGAGAGAUGGAACUUCCUGUUUCUGACGCUAAUAAAGUGAAGACAGGACUGAAGAACGACAGAAGUGCUCUGUCUGCUCAUCAUCAUCAUCAUCCUCAUCAUCCUCACAGACGCCGGUAUGAUCAGGGUUGUUCUGGUUCUCCUGUGUGUGUCUCUGGUCUGUUCUGAGAUCAGGAGUCUCACUGAUCAAUGGAUGGCCUGGAAAUCUCAACACAAUAAGUCCUACGGAAACCCGAGGGAGGAGCGUCACAGGAGGGGUGUUUGGGAGAAGAAUCUUCUGGACGUCAUGAAACAUAAUGAAGAGACGUCUCUGGGCCUGCACUCGUACACACAGGGCCUGAACCAGCUCAGCGACAUGUCUGCAGACGAGGUCAAUCAACUGAACGGUUUGCUGGAGGAAGAUUUUCCAGACGUCAACGUCACCUCCUUCCCUCCGUCACAGCAGCCCCUCCCUCCACGAGUCAACUGGGCGGAGCACGGGCUGGUCAGUCCUGUCCAGAACCAGGGCCCGUGUGGCUCGUGCUGGGCGUUCAGUGCCGUCGGUGCUCUGGAGGGUCAGAUGAAGAAGAAAACCGGUUCUCUGGUUCCAUUGAGUCCACAGAACCUGAUGGACUGCAGUGUGAGUCUGGGGAACCGUGGAUGCCAGGGAGGAUAUAUGAGCCAAGCUUUCCGCUACAUCAUCCAGAACAACGGCAUCGACUCUGAAGCCUCCUACCCAUAUGAACACAAGCAGGGUGAGUGUCGAUACUCAGUGACAGGAAGAGCUGGAUAUUGCUCAGGUUUCCAGAAUCUUCCUCGUCACGACGAGGUGGCGCUGCAGAACGCUGUUGCUAAUAUCGGGCCUGUGUCUGUCGGGAUCAACGCCAAACUUCCUUCCUUCCACAGAUACAGAGGCGGAAUCUACAGCAGUCCAAUGUGUGGCUCUAGAUUGAUCAAUCAUGCGGUUCUAGUUGUGGGAUAUGGCUCAGAAAAUGGAAAAGACUACUGGCUGGUGAAAAACAGCUGGGGAACAGCUUGGGGAGAAAAGGGCUUUGUCCGCAUGAUCCGGAAUAAAAACAUGUGUGGAAUAUCCAGCUUCGGCAUUUACCCCACCAUCUGAUCCACCCCACCGACCGCAUCUGAUCGCCCGCCCCGCUCAACACAAUGACCCUCCUGGAAGUACAGCCUUAACUUUUCUACUUCUAAUAUUUGUGUGUUCAGUAUAUAUUUUUUGCAUAUAAUUAAACACCAAACAUUUUAAAUGAAAUAAAUUAAAGAUGAAUUCGAAUGUAAAAUGAAAUAAAUGCUUUCAAUAAAAACUAUUACAA